GGGAUUUCCGUGCGAGCGGCUGAGCUGCAGCUGGGUGGUCUCCUCCUCCUCCUCCUCCCCCCCCCACCGCUUGCUCUCGAGUUGCUGCUCGGUCCUUGCAGAUGCAGCUGCUCUCGGCAGCCUUUUCCACAGUAGCAGCUGCUCUGGCUCUGGCUCCCUCCGGGCCGGUGGCACGCUGUGCACACGCACACGCAAGCACCGAGGAGCCUGACACGCGGCCGUUGCUUUCUGCACGGGCCAAAGCAUUCCCUCUCCUGUAGCCGGACCCAAGAUGAGACCUCAGAGUGGUGGCAUCACCAUCGCGGGGGGCGGGAAAGGAAGACAGACAGAGCAGCACGUUUAGAGCUGAGGUUUCCUGACUGCCCAGUCCCACAAUGUCUUCCGGAAGUAAUCAACAGCUUUGCACCUUGAAUAAGCCGGCAUUCAGUGAAAAAGAAGCCAUUGAAUUGGUCGAAAGGAUAUUUGGAUUAAAAGUCUCUGAACUCAAACCACUUCCCAGCUACGAUGAUCAGAAUUUCCACGUGCACGUUGUAAAUUUCGAAAGGAAGGGAGAAAAGGCUGAGGAAUAUGUCCUCAAAAUUAUCAAUUGCGAAGACAGCCAGAACCCGGAACUCAUUGAGGUGCAGACAAGGAUUAUGAUGUUUUUGAAAGAGGAGGGCUUUCCCGUGGCUGCCCCCCAUUUCACUAAAGAGGGUGAAAUCAUGUUUCUUGAGUCCAGAGAUACUGGCUCUGCCACCCAAGAGUACAUGGUGAGGCUGUUGAGCUACCUACCAGGCCGAACCGUGGCCACGCUCCCGAUGGGUCCUCCUGUCCUGUAUGAAAUUGGGCAGCUGGCCGCCCGGCUGGAUAAAACACUUGCGGAGAAAUUCCAACAUCCGUCGGUGAAAAGUCUACAUCGAGAUGGAUUCAUCUGGAAUCUGGCUAAUGUUCCCCUUCUGAAGCGGCACAUUCAUGCGCUGGGCCAGAGCAGAUAUCGGGAAGUGGUGGAGAAGGUUCUUGAACAGUUCAGAGCUAAAAUAGUGCCAAGGCUGAGCUCCUUUCGGCCCUGUAUCAAUCAUGGGGACCUCAAUGACCACAAUAUUCUUCUAGUCGAUACCAAUCCUGCUUCCCCUCAAAGUCCACGCUACAGAGUUUCUGGAAUUUUGGACUUCAGCGACAUGAGCUGCGGCUACUAUGUGUUUGAAGCCGCUAUCACCAUCAUGUAUAUGAUGAUAGAAAGCAAGGAUCCCCUCUGGGUCGGAGGCCACGUCCUCGCAGGGUUUGAAAGCGUUGUCCCCUUGACGGCCGAGGAACGGGCGUCCCUCUUCCUCCUAGUGUGCGGGAGGUUCGCUCAGUCCCUCGUGAUAGCUGUGCACACCACCCUCUUGCAUCCCGAGAAUGAAGAAUACUUGAUGAUCACAGCCAAAACGGGAUGGAAGCAUUUGAUGGCGCUCUUCGAGAUGGGCCAAGAAGCCGUAGAGAAGAUCUGGUUUGAGACUGCGAGGACCUGCACCUGAAAAGACCCUUGUCAACUGUGGAUGAGGCGGUGAUAUCAACCAGAUGGUUUAAAACCGGGCACCAUCAAAAUGUCAAAUUCCAAACCUUAUGACCAGGAAAUGCAUAUAUACUGCCACCUGGAAUAAAGUACACAAAAGAUU